UCUGGACUUUUGUUGGAAUGUUUAUCGGAGAUUUAUCCAAGUUUAAAAAUCCAAACUUUUAAACAUCCACUAUCAGGAUGUAGAUACCUCCAUAAAUAACAAUGUGCAUAGCACAUCAUGUUUUAUUUCCCCCUCUGCUUUUUCGUAAGCUUUUGCCAGAAACAGUCAAUUCACAGAGUCUGAAAUGGUAUGUUAACCUUACUGUUUGUAUAGUUGUUCAGACCUUAGAGACAUGGGAGAAAUGUUCUUUAAAGUCAUUUCUGUCCUUCUCAUCACCAGACGCUCCUCCAGUUAUCAGUAACUCUUGAGUUUAAUCACAGUUACCAUGUAAACAAUGUGUCGCAAUGGAACAAUGGAAAUGCCACUCUCAGCAUACUCCAUAAAAUAAUGUCCAGGAGGAAACAGAAGGCUCUGAGCAUGAAGCGUAUGUAAAUGCAUAGAAGAUGGGCAACACGAUCAGAGGAAUUAUUGCUUUCAUCCCAUCUAACACUUGCCAAAAAUACCUUCUAGGAGACUUGGAAGAAAUGCCUAUCGAUAAGAUGGUUGACUUGAGCAGUAUGCAGCUGAGGAGGUUUCCACUAAGGGUAUGUGCAUUUACAGAACUUGUCAAGUUAUACUUGAGCGACAACAAUUUAAACAACCUUCCUCCAGAGCUUGAACUACUACAGAACCUCCAGAUCCUUGCCUUGGACUUUAACAACUUUAAGGUUCUUCCACUAGUUGUAUGCAGCUUAAAGCAGCUAUGUAUAUUAUACCUUGGAAAUAAUCAUAUUAGAGACCUUCCACAGGAGCUAUGUUACCUCAAGAACCUGCACACUCUUUGGAUUGAAUCCAAUUAUUUAACCCAUUUUCCUUCUUUCAUAUGUGAACUGACCCUCCUGAAGACACUUCAUAUUGGCUGCAAUCAAAUACGUAACAUUCCCAUGGAGCUGAAAAAUCUUGUAGAAUUGCGCAGCAUUUGGAUGUCAGGGAAUCUCCUCACGGAAUUUCCACCUGUUUUACUACAAAUGCCUUUCCUAGACAUAAUUGACGUAGACCGGAAUGGUAUAAGAUUUUUCCCAAGUCUGAUGCACUUGACAGGACUGAAGCUUGUUAUCUACGACCAUAAUCCAUGUCAAAAUGCGCCUAAAGUAGCAAAGGGAGUUCGAAGAGUGGGACGAUGGUCCGAAGAGAGCCCAGAACCCAAGAAGAGGUUUGAAGUGGAAGCCGAGCUUGAAAAAGCUGCAGAAGAUAAAGAUACACAACCAGCAGAAUCGAACGAGCCACCAGCUGCGAGCAGUGAUAUCCCACAAGAGGCAACGUCUGCAUUAACCAUCAAGGACAACUGAGUGAUAUAAAAGUAUAGACUCUUUAAAAAGGAAUGUUGACUGAAUGAAAACAUUUUCCACAAAUAUUUAUAUAUGAUAAAUUCAGUUGCUGAAAUUCAAGUUAAUUUUCUGUAAGUAAAACUAUGAUAUAAGCG